AUGCAAAAAGCCCAACCUGGAUCGCGCUUGCGAGCUGGAAGCGAGGAAUUCGAAUGCCUAGGGCCGCUAUCACCGUACCAUGUCUCCGACAACGCGACAUCACCCGUUUCAACGGACCUCAUCGACCCAGAGCUCUUGCGUGGAGCGCCACCAACGCCACCGACCUCGAUACCAGAAGCCUGCAGUCCAUUAGUGCUUGGCGGAGGUACCCCGGGUGAUGUUACAGGCCACCGAGAAAGCACCCCAGAGCCUCCUAGCUAUGCCAUCGACUGUAUACUGGAGAGAUGGAAGAAAGAUGUGUUUCUCGUUAGGUGGUUAGAAUAUGGUUCCUCGUCGUGGGUGCCGCGAAGUGAUAUCUUGGACGAUGAUCUACUUGAGGCCUUCGAGAACAACUACUCGGGAUACCAAGACGGCGUGGAAAUGGCCCGCGCUGAGAGACACAGUGGGAGAACCAGAUAG